AUGGGUGUCUAUCGCGUCGAGGUGUCUCCCAACAACCGUGCUAGUUGCCAGGUCAAGGCUUGCAAGGAUACUGGAGACAAAAUCACAAAAGGUGAAUUUCGCUUUGCAGUCCAGGUCACCAUUAAAGACCACCAAAGCUGGCAGUACCGCCAUUGGGGAUGCGUCACUCCCAAGCAAAUGGAGAACCUGGUUGAGACGUGCGGAGGCGACACGGAAAUGGUCGACGGCUACGAUGAGUUGCCCGAGGAGUUCCAGGAGAAGGUCAAAUAUGCACUUGAGCAUGGCCAUAUUCCAGACGAAGACUGCACCCGCGAUCCCGAGUUGAACCGCCCAGGCAUCAAGAGGUCUAGAGCGAAGAAGGGAAAGAAGGACGCCGACGAUGAGGCUGAAGACGCUGAUGACGCUCCGGCACCCCCUCCGAAGGUCAAGGCCCAGCCUAAAUCCAAGGCCAAGUCCAAGAAAGCAGAGAAGGUCAAAGAUGAGGAGAUGGACGAGGAUGAAGAAGAUGUCCCCGCUCCAGCACCUGCCCCGAAGAAGCGUGGUAGAGCUCCUAAGAAGGAGGCUGUUGAAGAGGAGGAUGGCGAGGAGGCCCCACCUGCGAAGAAGGUUCGCGCCAGCGGCAGGAGCAAGAAGACUACCCAGUACAAGGAGGAGAGCGAUCACGAUGAGGCUCCCGCCCCCAAGAAGGCCCGUGGUAAAAAGGCAGCGGCCAAGAAAGAGGUGGUUGAGCCCGAAGAGGAGGGUAGCGAUGUCGAGGAGGAGGCGCCCAAGCCUAAGAAAGCUCCGCAGAAGAGGUAA